AUGGAACCAGGUCGCACGCCCAUGUCGCCCUCGGUGCACGGUAAGACGGAGCAGCAGAAGCGAGCCCUUCGCGUGCGUGCCUGCAUCGUCACCAUCCAAAAGGCUGGCCAGGAGCUCAAGCUCCCGCAGAUGGUGAUCGCCACGGCAGCGACAUUCUUCCAUCGUUUCUUUGCCUGCAACCCCCUGCACGAGCACGAUCGCCUCGUCAUGGUCAUGGCGUGCCUCUUCCUCGCCUCCAAGGUGGAAGAGGUGCCCAAGAAGGCGCGCGAUGUCAUCCUCGCCACCCACUACGUCGCUCGCAAGGAAGUGCUCCACGCCGACUCAGCGGAAUUCGCGCGGUUCAGAGAGGACGUGAUUCGUCACGAGCGGCUGCUGGUCACCAACAUCAGCCUGGCGGUGGACCACCCGUACCACUACCUCGUCAGCCUAGCCAAAGCCGUCGAUCCUGUCAACAAGGACUUGAUACAGAUUUCGUGGAACUUUGUCAACGACAGCCUGCGCACGGAGGUGUGCUUGAACUACGACCCGCGGUUGAUUGCCGGCGCGGCCUUGUAUCUCUCGGUCAAGUGCCUCGGCUUCAACAUCACGCGAAAUGGCGCGCCCGCCACCCUGUUCGAAGUCAUCAACAUGCCCAAGGCCCUCAUCGAGGAGGUGAGCAGCCAGAUAUUGGAUCUCUACGAGACCGCGCCCAGCCUGGCGUCCAUGCGGGGCGAUGGCAGCGGAUCCGGGGCCUCCACGGGGAGCACCCACAUGCCCGCCGAAGAUGGUGAGUGCAAGGCGCCCGUGCCCGAGUACCAUAAACAGAACCAUAGACUAUGGAAGCGCAACGUAGCGCAAGGCGACCACUACCGCUACCGCCGCGACGAGCAGCAGAAGAAGCGCAAGCAGCGCGUGUGA